AUGGCGGCGACCACCGAGUUUUGCCGCAUUAAGCUUGUUCUAUCAGAAACCAAUCCAGGCCGCUUCCGCCAUGCCGCUAACUUCACUCGCUCCGGCUAUUUCAGUUUAAAUAAAACGGUAGGCAAACCCCGCCGUACAAAUUACUUAUCCACUGGUAAACUUGGUGAUUUGGGGGUCUGCGGCCGGGCUAAUGAAACCGGUUUUCAUCCCCAGCGCGCCGCUCCUUCUUACACCAACAUUGAACUCGCGGCUUGUGCCGGCAAAGACCGCCUGUUGAAGGUGCCAUCGUCAAAUAUAAGGAACUUCAGCAUUAUAGCACAUAUUGAUCAUGGGAAAUCCACACUGGCAGAUAAAUUGCUACAGAUGACUGGCACAGUUGAAAGCAGAGAGAUGAAGGAGCAGUUUCUUGAUAAUAUGGACUUGGAGAGAGAACGAGGCAUCACCAUCAAACUGCAGGCUGCAAGGAUGCGUUUUAUGUAUAGAAAUGAACCAUAUUGCCUGAAUCUCAUCGAUACACCUGGUCAUGUUGACUUCUCCUAUGAGGUCUCACGCUCUCUGGCCGCCUGUGAAGGUGCUCUUCUAGUAGUAGAUGCCUCCCAGGGAGUGGAGGCCCAAACUUUGGCCAAUGUGUAUUUGGCCUUGGAAAACAACCUUGAGAUCAUACCAGUUCUGAACAAGAUAGACCUCCCAGGUGCUGAGCCAGAACGUGUUGCCCGAGAGAUAGAAGAGGUGGUCGGUCUUGAUUGUAGUGAUGCAAUUUAUUGCUCCGCAAAGGAAGGCAUAGGUAUCAAUGAAAUAUUAAGUGCAAUAGUUCAAAAGAUCCCUUCACCUCAGGAUACUGCAGAAAGGCCAUUAAGGGCUCUCAUAUUUGAUAGUUACUAUGAUUCAUAUCGGGGAGUCAUUGUAUACUUUCGACUUAUUGAUGGGACAAUUAAAAGAGGUGACAGGAUAAUGUUUAUGGCCAGCGGGAAGGACUAUUAUGCUGAUGAAGUUGGAGUUUUAUCUCCCAACCAAUUGCAAGUUGAUCAAUUGCUUGCUGGAGAGGUUGGCUAUCUUUCAGCUUCCAUAAGAUCAGUAGCAGAUGCUAGGGUUGGUGAUACUAUUACACAUUACAACAGAAAGGCCGAAGAAUCUCUUCCUGGAUACAAGGAAGCAACACCUAUGGUUUUCUGCGGCCUGUUUCCUGUUGAUGCUGACAAGUUUCACGACUUGCGUGAUGCUUUGGAGAAAUUGCAGCUUAAUGAUGCUGCUCUAAAGUUUGAGCCGGAGUCCUCAAGUGCAAUGGGAUUUGGAUUUAGAUGUGGGUAUCUUGGUCUUCUUCACAUGGAAAUUGUUCAGGAAAGGCUUGAACGUGAAUACAAUUUGAGUCUAAUAACUACAGCUCCGAGUGUGGUUUACCGAGUCAAUUGUAUCAACGGUGAAACUGUUGAAUGUUCAAAUCCAUGUUUACUUCCUGAACCUGGAAGCAGGAGGUCUAUUGAAGAGCCAUAUGUUAAGAUUGAAAUGCUCACCCCAAAAGAUUAUAUUGGUGCACUUAUGGAGCUUGCUCAGGACAGGAGAGGAGAAUUCAAAGAAAUUAUGUUCAUUACUGAAAACAGGGCAUCAAUUAUUUAUGAGUUACCCCUGGCCGAGAUGGUGGGGGACUUCUUUGAUCAGCUAAAGUCUAGGAGUAAAGGCUAUGCUAGCAUGGAGUAUUCCUUCAUCGGGUAUAAGGAGAGCGACUUGAUAAAGCUUGAUAUUCAAAUCAAUGGGGAUCCUGUGGAUCCUUUAUCCACUAUUGUCCAUAAAGACAAGGCUUAUGGUGUUGGAAGGGCUUUGACUCGAAAACUGAAGGAGCUAAUCCCCAGGCAAAUGUUUAAAAUUCCAAUCCAGGCAUGCAUUGGAUCCAAGGUGAUUGCUAGUGAAGCUUUGUCAGCUAUCAGGAAGGAUGUUCUUGCUAAAUGCUACGGUCAGAUUUUGAACCAAUUCUUUUAUGCUUUGAAAAUCCAAGCUGAGGGAAAAAAGAGGAUGAAAGCAAUUGGUCGGGUAGAGGUACCGCAAGAAGCAUUUAUGGCUGUAUUGAAACUUGAGAAAGAAGUACUCUAA